CAUGAACACCAACUCUGCUAUAACAUUGCUCAUUGUCUUGUUUUUUUCCUUGAUUCUUGCAUCCGUAAACGCGGUAUCUUCCUCCAUCAAAACUGAUGCUGAAUCACUCUUGCUAUUCAAGAACAUGAUACAAAAAGACCCUUCUGGUGUUUUAUCAGGAUGGCAACUUAAAAACAAUCCAUGUUCAUGGAAUGGUGUAACUUGCAAUAGUCUUGGAAGAGUAACAAAUCUUGAUCUUCAACAAUCUGAACUUGUUGGAGAGGUUUCUUUUUCUCCUUUCAAUUCUCUAGAUAUGUUAACUGUCCUUAAUCUGUCAUCGAAUUCGUUUUAUGUAAAUGCAUCAACCUCUUUAACUCAGUUACCUUAUAGUUUGAAACAACUUGAACUUUCAUUCACUGGCUUAGCAGGCUAUGUACCUGAGAAUUUCUUUGCAAAAUGUCCAAAUCUUGAAUAUGUUAGUCUUUCUUUCAAUAACAUAACAGGUUCUUUGCCUCAGAAUUUCUUGUUGCAUACUGAUAAGUUACAGUAUCUUGCAAUGGACUAUAAUAAUCUUACAGGAUCAAUUUCUGAUAUCAAGAUUGAGAGUUGUAAUUCAUUGUUACGACUCGAUUUGUCAGGGAAUCAGAUAAUGGAUUCAAUUCCUUCUGCUUUAUCUAAUUGUACAACACUUCAAGAAUUGGUUCUGGCUGAGAAUUUCUUCUCUGGCUCAAUUCCAGCUUCUUUUGGUGAGCUUAUAAGUUUGCAAAGAUUGGAUCUUUCUAAGAAUCAUUUAUCCGGUUGGAUCCCAUCUGAAUUAGGAAACUCAUGUAGUUCACUUGUGGAACUCAAGUUUUCUAAUAACAAUAUCACUGGUUCAAUCCCGAAUUCAUUCUCAUCAUGUUCUUCUCUUCAAAAUCUUGAUUUGUCGAAUAAUAAUCUAACCGGUCCAUUCCCUGAUUCCAUCCUACAGAAUUUAGCUUCUUUAGAGUCUUUGCAAAUGAGUAGUAACAAGAUUUCUGGUUCAUUUCCUGCUUCUCUUUCAUAUUGCAAGAAACUCCGCGUUGUAGACUUUAGCUCCAACAUGAUCAAUGGGAUGAUUCCACCAGAUUUAUGCUCUGGAGCUUCAUCAUUGGAAGAGCUGAGAGCACCUGAUAACUCACUUUAUGGUCCAAUUCCAUCUCAAUUGUCUCAAUGUUCACAGCUCAAGACUAUUGAUUUUAGCUUGAACUAUUUGAACGGUUCGAUUCCAUCAGAGCUAGGAAAACUUGAGAAUCUUGAGCAGCUUAUUGCUUGGUACAAUAGUUUGCAAGGGAGCAUACCAGCAGAGUUGGGAAAAUGCAGCAACUUGAAGAAUCUUAUACUUAAUAACAACUACUUGAGUGGGAAAAUUCCAGUUGAAUUGUUUAAUUGUGGUAAUCUUGAGUGGAUUGCUCUCACAAGUAAUGGACUAAGUGGUGAGAUUCCUAAAGAAUUUGGCCAUCUUUCAAGGCUGGCGGUUUUGCAACUAGCAAAUAAUAGCUUGAGUGGUCAGAUUCCAAGUGAAUUAGUCAAUUGUAGUAGCUUGGUUUGGUUGGAUUUGAGUAGCAAUAGGUUAACCGGGGAGAUCCCACCGCGACUUGGUAGGCAGCAAGGGGCUAAAGCAUUGAGUGGGAUUCUAUCAGGUAACACAUUGGUGUUUGUCCGAAAUGUAGGUAAUUCGUGCAGAGGCGUUGGAGGAUUGCUUGAGUUCUAUGGGAUACAUCCUGAAAGGCUUUUACAGGUUCCAUCAUUAAAGAGUUGUGAUUUCACUAGGCUGUAUUCUGGUCCAGUUCUUAGUGCUUUUACUCGGUAUCAGACUAUCGAGUACCUUGAUCUUUCGUACAAUGAGCUUCGUGGGAAAAUCCCUGAUGAAUUUGGUGAUAUGAUAGCUUUGCAAGUUCUUGUUAUAUCACAUAAUCAUUUGUCAGGAGAGAUUCCUUCAUCACUUGGAGGGCUAAAGAAUUUGGGAGUGUUUGAUGCAUCACAUAACAGAUUGCAGGGUCAAAUUCCUGAUUCGUUUUCACUUCUUUCUUUCUUGGUGCAGAUUGACUUGUCUAAUAAUGAAUUGACAGGACAAAUUCCACAAAGGGGUCAGCUUAGUACACUUCCUGCAAGCCAAUAUGCAAACAAUCCAGGACUCUGUGGGGUUCCAUUGUCUGAAUGCCAGUAUAACUCACCUGCCACGAAUACUGGAGACGGAGGAGGAGGAGGAAAAAGAAGUUCAGCUGCAUCAUUGGCUAAUAGCAUUGUUCUUGGAGUUCUCAUUUCCAUUGCCUCAGUAUGCAUUUUGAUUGUUUGGGCUAUUGCUAUGCGUGCAAGGCGUAGAGAGGCUGAAGGAGUGAAAAUGCUUAGUAGUUUGAGUACUAACUAUGCAGCUUCAUCAUGGAAGAUUGACAAAGAGAAGGAGCCAUUAAGCAUCAAUGUAGCAACUUUCCAAAGACAACUUAGGAAGCUGAAGUUCUCACAACUUAUCGAGGCCACGAAUGGAUUCUCAGCUGCAAGCCUCAUCGGUUCUGGAGGAUUUGGAGAAGUCUUCAAGGCAACAUUGAAGGAUGGAUCAAGUGUUGCAAUCAAGAAACUUAUCAGGUUAAGUAGCCAAGGCGACCGAGAGUUCAUGGCUGAAAUGGAGACAUUAGGAAAGAUCAAGCACAAGAACCUUGUACCCCUCUUAGGAUACUGCAAGGUUGGUGAGGAAAGACUUCUAGUUUACGAGUUCAUGGAAUAUGGCAGCCUAGAAGAAAUGCUUCACGGGAAGACAAGAAUGCCCGAUAGAAGGAUCCUAACAUGGGAGGAAAGGAAAAAAAUAGCCAGAGGAGCAGCCAAAGGACUCUGCUUCCUUCACCACAACUGCAUCCCACACAUCAUACACCGCGACAUGAAGUCAAGCAACGUGCUAUUAGACAACGAAAUGGACGCCAGGGUGUCUGAUUUUGGCAUGGCAAGGCUGAUAAGCGCACUGGACACACACCUCAGUGUGUCCACACUAGCAGGAACACCAGGAUAUGUACCACCUGAGUACUAUCAGAGUUUUAGGUGCACAGCAAAGGGAGACGUGUACUCGUUUGGAGUCGUGCUUCUUGAACUCUUGACAGGGAAAAGGCCAACAGAUAAGGAAGAUUUUGGUGACACAAACUUGGUUGGAUGGGUGAAAAUGAAAGUAAGAGAAGGGAAAUCAAUGGAAGUAAUUGAUCAAGAAUUGUUAUCAGUGACUAAAGGAAAUGAUGAAGCAGAAGUUUUAGAAGUUAAAGAGAUGGUAAGGUACUUAGAGAUAACAAUGCAAUGUGUAGAGGAUUUUGCAUCAAAAAGGCCUAAUAUGUUACAAGUUGUGGCUAUGUUGAGAGAACUAAUGCCUGGAAGUAGUUCAAGCAACAGUGGUUAAACAGCAAACCAGAAACAAAAAAAGGAAAAAAGAAGAAAAAAACCAAAAGAAUGUAAAAUUCUUUCUUGUUUUGUUUGUGCAAGUAUUCAUCUGCAUUUGUAUUUAGUCAACAACUUCUCUUAUUUUUUUGCAAUAUUAUUCCCAUGUUUU